CGCGCGGGGAGGCUCCACAGCGAAUUCGGCGCCGGGAAGCUCGGGAGGGAAGUGGUGGCCGCGUGGGGCGGGAGGCGGCGAUUCCACGUGCUCCCCGCGGCCGGUUGAAACCGUUGGCGGGCUGUGGCCGAGAGGACAAGACUUCACCCUAUCUUGGAUAGACAAUAUUUAAUCAUUUAGCAAAAAUGGUAUUUUUUACAUGCAAUGCAUGUGGUGAAUCAGUGAAGAAAGUACAAGUGGAAAAGCACGUGGCUAUUUGCAGAAACUGCGAAUGCCUUUCUUGCAUUGACUGCGGUAAAGAUUUCUGGGGUGACGACUAUAAAAACCAUGUGAAAUGCAUAAGUGAGGACCAGAAGUAUGGUGGCAAAGGUUAUGAAGGUAAAACCCACAAAGGCGAUAUUAAACAGCAGGCAUGGAUUCAGAAAAUUAAUGAAUUAAUGAAAAGACCCAAUGUCAGCCCCAAAGUGAGGGAACUUUUAGAGCAAAUUAGUGCUUUCGACAAUGUUCCCAGGAAAAAAGCGAAAUUUCAGAAUUGGAUGAAGAACAGUUUAAAAGUUCAUAAUGAAUCUAUUCUGGAGCAGGUGUGGAAUAUCUUUUCAGAAGCUUCCAGCAAUGAACCAGUCAGUAAGGGGCAGGAUCAACAGCAACUCAACCAAGUGGCCAAUCCACGCGCAGAAAUCUCCACCAAGCUUCUGUCUUCCAAAGCAAAUGACACCACGGAAGAACAAGCAGAGGUGAAGAAGAAUAAAAGAGAAAGGAAGGAAGAACGGCAGAAGAAGAGAAAAAAAGAAAAGAAAGAACUAAAAUUAGAAAACCAUCAAGAGAAUUCAAAGAGUCAGAAGCCGAAAAAGCGCAAAACGGGACAGGAGGCUGGAGUGGCAGACAGCCCCGAGGCCAGCGGCUCCGCAGGGAAGCAGAGCCAGAGGAAGAGGAGCAAGGGCUUGUGUGCUGAGGAGGGGGGAGUGGAUGGAGACGUGGAUGAGGAAGAGACAAAAACCGGUCCAGGAAAAAGAAAGCGGAAACAUUCGGAGGUUGAAGCAGAGUCUAAGAAGAAAAAGAUGAAGUUACCAGGACAUUCUGAGGGUGGAGAACCAGAAAACCAUGAGGCUCCUGCAAAAGGUAAAUUCAACUGGAAGGGGACUAUUAAAGCAGUUCUGAAACAGGCCCCAGACAAUGAAAUAGCAAUCAAAAAGCUACGGAAAAAGAUUUUAGCUCAGUAUUAUGCUGUGACAAAUGAACAUCACAAAUCUGAAGAGGAACUCCUGGUCAUCUUUAACAAGAAAAUCAGCAAGAACCCGACCUUUAAGUUAUUAAAGGAUAAAGUCAAGCUUUUGAAAUGAACAUUUUCAUAUUUAAACAUUGAAUCCAUUCUGCUGAUUUCUUCCUUUCACUGCUGUUUGUAAAACAUGUAAUGAAUCAUAACAACUCAAAUUUUCCUUUCCAAAACUGUAUUUUUAAUUUAAGAAAAAUAUAUAUUUUUGGUAGAACUUUUAUGAGAAAAUAAAAUAUAUUCUUAUCC